AUGGGAACUACUGUUAACAGUGGAAUUAAGCCUUUCAGAUUCUAUAAUUUGUGGACUGAUCACAUGAGUUUUAAGGAUACUAUUUUGCAGAGCUGGAAUAAACCUAUUAAAAGUGCUGGCCUCGUGCGUAUUGUUAGAAAAUUGAGUAGACUUAAGGUUGUUUUACGUAAUUUCAACAAGCAUAUUGUGGGAGAUGUUGCUCAGAAUUAUAGUUUGGCGAAGGAUAUGUAUCAAACUGCUCAAGCCUCUCUUCAGGCGAAUCCCCACUCGACUGAGUUACAAAGGGAGGAAUCAUUGGCUGGUGCUUGUUUUGUGUAUCAUUCUAAAGCUUAUGAUAGUUUCUUGAGACAAAAAAGCAAAUUAAUUGAGAAGUUUGAUGAUGUGGUGGCUCAUUUUGUGACUCACUUUCAGAAAAUUAUGGGUAGCAACAUUAAUGCUUCAGUUCCUAUUCAGUCUUCCUGUUUUAGACUUGGUCAUCGUUUAGAAGCUGAAAUUUCAGAGGCUAUAUUUGACUUCUUUGAGAGUGGUGUCCUGCCCGAGGAGGUUAAUAUGGCUACCAUUUGCUUGGUUCCUAAGAUUGAGACCCCAACUAAGGCAGGGGAUUAUAGGCCUAUAGCUUCUUGCAAUGCUAUAUACAAAUGUAUUUCAAAAAUGCUCUGUGGUAGAUUGGCAACGGUGCUUCCUAGUUUAGUCCAUCAAAACCAAGGAGCGUUUGCCAAAAAUAGAUUAUUGGCGCAUAAUAUCCUUAUUCUUCAGGACAUUAUAAAAGGCUAUAAAAGGAAAAAUGCUUCUCCUAGGUGUGUGAUGAAAAUUGAUCUGAGCAAAGCCUAUGACAUGCUGGGUUGGAACUUUAUGGAGGCCAUUCUUACAGAGUUUUGUUUUCCUAUCAAGUUUAUCAAGUGGAUUAUGGCGUGCUUGAAGGACCCAUCUUAUUUGAUCCUUAUGAAUGGUAGGAUUCAUGGGGAAUUUAGAGGCAAAAAAGGCUUAAGACAAGGGGACCCAAUAUCUCCGUUGUUAUUUGUUCUCGCUAUGGAGUACUGUACUAGGCUGUUAUGUCAAGCCUCUUUGGAUAAGAGGUUCAGAUUCCACCUGAAGUGCAAACCUCUUAAGCUAGUCAAUCUUUGUUUUGCUGAUGAUUUGGUUAUUUUUUGUAAGGGAGUCUCUAAUUCAGUUCAAAUUAUGAGGGAUAUCUUUACUGAAUUUCGCAUGGCUUCGGGUUUUUCUGCUAACUUGCAGAAAUCUCAGGUCUAUUUUGGGGGAUUGGAUGAUAGAGAGACUCAUCAAUUGCUAGAGAGUCUUCAGUUCACUGAAGGGAAUUUUCCUCUCAAGUAUUUAGGUGUUCCGCUUCGAACAACAAAGUGGAAGGCUGGAGAUUGUGCUAUCAUCAUCACUAAGAUUCAGCAGAAACUUCAUAUUUGGGCUAGUCGUCAUCUCUUGUUUGCAAGGAGGGCUCAAUUGGUUAAUACUAUGCUGUUGAGUUUGAGGUUACUCAACAGGGAAAGAGUUGCUUUUGCUAAUGUGGUCUGGUGCUCCUUGGUUGUACCUAAGCAUAGGUUCAUCCUUUGGAAAGCAUCUCUUGGUCAUCUCCUUACUCGGGACAAGCUGCAUUACUGUAACUUGGAGCUGCCUUCUUUGCUUUGUCCUGUUUGUGAAAUGGAGCAGGAAUCUCAUGCUCAUUUAUUUUUUGUUUGUCCCUUUUCUCAACAGCUCAUGGCCCAAAUGGUGGACUGGUUGGGUAGGGAUUUAUGGCCGAAUACUUAUGAGCAGUGGUGUACCUAG